GGUGGUGUCGGUCCGUCCCGCCACCAUGCCGGCCGUGUCCAAGGGCGACGGGAUGCGGGGCCUGGCCGUCUUCAUCUCCGACAUCCGCAAUUGCAAAAGUAAAGAAGCGGAAAUCAAGAGGAUAAACAAAGAACUGGCCAACAUCCGAUCAAAAUUCAAAGGAGAUAAGGCCCUGGACGGCUACAGCAAGAAGAAAUACGUCUGCAAGCUGCUCUUCAUCUUCCUCCUCGGCCACGACAUCGACUUCGGCCACAUGGAAGCCGUCAACCUCCUGAGCUCCAACAGAUACACCGAGAAGCAGAUUGGCUACCUGUUCAUCUCCGUGCUGGUGAACUCGAACUCGGAGCUGAUCCGCCUGAUCAACAACGCCAUCAAGAACGACCUGGCCAGCCGCAACCCGACAUUCAUGGGCCUGGCCCUGCACUGCAUCGCCAACGUGGGCAGCCGGGAGAUGGCCGAGGCCUUCGCCGGGGAGAUUCCCAAGAUCCUCGUCGCCGGGGACACGAUGGACAGCGUGAAGCAAAGCGCCGCUCUCUGCCUGCUGCGACUGUACCGGACGUCCCCGGACCUCGUCCCCAUGGGCGACUGGACCUCUCGGGUCGUCCACCUCCUCAACGACCAGCACCUGGGUGUGGUCACCGCCGCCACCAGCCUCAUCACCACGCUGGCCCAGAAGAACCCGGAAGAAUUCAAGACGUCCGUGUCCCUGGCCGUCUCCAGGCUGAGCAGGAUCGUCACGUCGGCCUCCACGGACCUCCAGGAUUACACCUAUUAUUUCGUCCCGGCCCCGUGGCUCUCCGUGAAGCUCCUGCGGCUACUGCAGGGCUACCCGCCGCCAGACCCCGCGGUGCGGGGACGCUUGACCGAGUGCCUGGAGACCGUCCUCAACAAGGCCCAGGAGCCGCCCAAGUCCAAGAAGGUCCAGCACUCCAACGCCAAGAACGCCGUCCUGUUCGAGGCCAUCAGCCUCAUCAUCCACCAUGACAGUGAGCCGAACCUGCUGGUGCGGGCCUGCAACCAGCUGGGCCAGUUCCUGCAGCAUCGCGAGACCAACCUGCGCUACCUGGCCCUGGAGAGCAUGUGCACCCUGGCCAGCUCCGAAUUCUCCCACGAGGCCGUCAAGACUCACAUCGACACCGUCACCAACGCCCUCAAGACGGAGCGGGACGUGAGCGUGAGGCAGCGGGCCGUGGACCUCCUGUACGCCAUGUGCGACCGCAGCAACGCGCAGCAGAUCGUGGCCGAGAUGCUCAACUACCUGGAGACGGCCGACUACUCCAUCCGCGAGGAGAUCGUGCUGAAGGUGGCCAUCCUGGCGGAGAAGUACGCGGUGGACUACACGUGGUACGUGGACACCAUCCUGAACCUGAUCCGCAUCGCCGGGGACUACGUGAGCGAGGAGGUUUGGUACCGCGUCAUCCAGAUCGUCAUCAACCGCGACGACGUCCAGGGCUACGCCGCGAAGACCGUCUUCGAGGCCCUCCAAGCGCCAGCCUGCCAUGAGAACUUGGUGAAAGUCGGGGGCUACAUCUUGGGGGAGUUUGGGAACCUCAUCGCUGGAGACCCCCGAUCCAGCCCCCUGAUCCAGUUCAACCUGCUGCACUCGAAGUUUCACCUGUGCAGCGUGCCCACGCGGGCCCUGCUGCUGUCCACCUACAUCAAGUUCGUCAACCUGUUCCCCGAGAUCAAGCCGACGGUGCAGGACGUGCUGCGCAGCGGCAGCCAGCUGAAGAACGCCGACGUGGAGCUGCAGCAGCGCGCCGUCGAGUACCUGCGCCUCAGCACCGUCGCCAGCACCGACAUCCUGGCGACGGUGCUGGAGGAGAUGCCCCCUUUCCCCGAGCGGGAGUCGUCCAUCCUGGCCAAGCUGAAGAAGAAGAAAGGGCCCAGCACCGUGACGGACCUGGAGGACACCAAGAGGGAACGCAGCGCCGACGUCAACGGGGGUCCCGAGCCGGCCGGCCCUGUCCACGCCGCCAACGCCAGCGCCGUGUCCACCCCGUCCCCAUCGGCCGACCUCCUGGGGCUCGGGCCGGCACCCGCGGCCAGCGCGGCGGCACCCACCUUGGGCCCCGGCAGCAGCAGCAGCAGCAGCCUGCUCGUGGACGUCUUCUCCGACUCGGCCUCCGCCGCCACCCCGCUCGCUCCGGGUUCGGAAGACAACUUCGCCAGCCCCGACCCGGCCCCCGCUGAGGUGGUUUCCGAGGAACCAGCCGACACCGUGCACGAGGCCGAUGAACUGAUCCACAAGUUUGUCUGCAAAAACAACGGCGUGCUCUUUGAAAACCAGCUGCUGCAGAUCGGUCUCAAGUCCGAAUUCCGCCAGAACCUGGGUCGGAUGUUUAUCUUCUACGGAAACAAGACGUCCACGCAGUUCUUAAACUUCACCCCGACGCUAAUCUGUGCCGACGACCUGCAGGCCAACCUGAACCUGCAGACGAAGCCCGUGGACCCCACGGUGGACGGGGGUGCCCAGGUCCAGCAGGUGGUCAACAUCGAGUGCCUGGCCGACUUCGUGCGGGCUCCGGUGCUCAACAUCCAGUUCAGGUACGGGGGCACCUUUCAGAACGUGUCGGUGAAGCUGCCCAUCACGCUCAACAAAUUUUUCCAGCCCACGGAGAUGGCCUCCCAGGAUUUCUUCCAGCGCUGGAAGCAGCUGAGCAACCCUCAGCAGGAAGUUCAGAGCAUCUUCAAGGCCAAGCACCCCAUGGACACCGAGAUCACCAAGGCUAAGAUCAUCGGUUUCGGCUCCGCCCUCCUGGAGGACGUGGACCCGAACCCCUCCAACUUCGUGGGCGCUGGGAUCAUCCACACCAAGACCACCCAGAUCGGCUGCCUCCUGCGUCUGGAGCCGAACCUCCAGGCCCGGAUGUACCGGCUGACGCUGCGGACCAGCAAGGAGAGCGUGUCACAGAGGCUGUGCGAGCUGCUGUCCGAACAGUUUUAACCCGGAGCAGCCAGCCACCCCCCCGCCCCACC